CAUGGAAUCACAAACUCUAUCUAUGCAUUAUUCUCCAGAGUUUUACCCAUCAUCAUCUAUUCUACGCUUUCCUACUCAAACUUCUCUUCACGAAGUUCAUAUUUUCACCACAAAACCUUUAGCAGUUGUGAGAAGAAAAUGCCAGAAUCUGAGGAAGAAAACCAAGACUAUGUUCCCAGGUCAAAGCCAUCAGAGGAAGCUGGUGGUGGCUGCACCAUGGACUUCGAUCUGGACUUAGAAACUUCAUGGCCUUUGGAUCACAUGGCCUUUGGCUCCAACCCCAUGUCACCUUUUUUGUUCUCCACUUCCUCUGACCAACCUUACUCUCCCCUUUGGGCUUUCUCUGAUGGAGAAGACCCCAAGCUUCCAGCUUCUGCCUUCUCUGAUUGCCACAAGAUCUUCUCUUGUGAUUCAAAUUCAAUAGCUGAAAAGCCAGUGGAGAAUGAUGACAACAAAAAACUUUUGCCACCACUUGUUCCUAUUUCACCAGUGGAAAAUUUGGAUGGUUAUUGUGUAAUCAAGGAAAGGAUGACACAAGCACUUCGUUACUUCAAAGAGUUGACUGAAUUGAAUGUUCUGGCUCAAGUUUGGGCACCUGUGAAGAAUGGUAAUCGGUAUGUGCUUACAACUUCAGGUCAACCCUUUGUUCUUGAUCCACAUAGUAAUGGGCUCUAUCAGUAUAGAACGGUCUCUCUGAUGUACAUGUUUUCUGUGGAUGGAGAGAAUGAUGGAAGUUUGGGACUCCCUGGUCGGGUUUUUCAGCAGAAAUUACCGGAAUGGACUCCCAAUGUUUUGUAUUAUUCUAGUAAAGAGUAUCCACGCCGAGAUCAUGCUCAACAUUACAAUGUUCGUGGAACGUUGGCUUUGCCUGUGUUUGAACCUUCAAUACAGUCAUGUGUUGGUGUAUUGGAGUUGAUAAUGACUUCACAGAAAAUUAACUAUGCUCCCGAGGUUGAUAAAAUCUGCAAAGCCCUUGAGACAGUAAAUUUGAGGAGUUCGGAAAUUUUGGAUCAUCCACACACUCAGAUUUGUAAUGAAGGUCGUCAGAAUGCAUUAUCAGAGAUCUUGGAGAUAUUGACAGUGGUAUGUGAAACUCACAAUUUACCUCUGGCCCAGACAUGGAUUCCCUGUAAGCAUCGAAGUGUUUUGGCCCAAGGUGGUGGUGUAAAGAAAAGUUGUUCUAGUUUUGAUGGUAGAUGCAUGGGGAAAGUUUGCAUGUCUACAACUGACAUAGCAUUUUAUAUUAUAGAUGCUCAUUUAUGGGGUUUUCGUGAGGCCUGUGUUGAGCAUCACUUACAACAAGGUCAAGGGGUUGCUGGGAGGGCUUUUUUGUCCCACGGCAUGUGCUUCUGUUCAAACAUUACCCAAUUCUACAAAACUGAUUACCCCUUAGUUCAUUAUGCUCUCAUGUUUGGGUUAACAAGCUGUUUUGCAAUAUGUUUACGAAGCUCUCAUACAGGAAAUGAUGAUUAUGUAUUAGAGUUUUUUCUGCCUCCUAGAAUAACACACAUUCAUGAACAAAAGACUUUGUUGGGAUCCAUAUUGGCAAUAAUGAAACAGCAUUUCCAGAGUCUUCAUAUUGCUUCUGGUGUAGAACCUGAGGAUGGUUCAAUUGAAAUUAUUGAAGCAACAAUCGAAAGAGUUCAUACGAGGCUUGAAUCUAUUCCUAUUGCUUCAUCUAUUAAAUCACCACCUAGACCUGAUACCUCACCAAACAUGGGGGAGGAAGUGCCACAGGAUCCAUCGGAACAACAAAUAUUGAUGUACUGUAAUGACAUCAAUAAUGGAGGGAGUCUUGGUGAAAAUGCAGCCAGAAACAUUGAUCACAUGCCCUCCUUAGAGACUAAAAACAUAAAUAAACCCUUAGAGAGGAAACGUGGAAAAACUGAGAAAUCAAUUAGUCUUGAAGUCUUGCAACGUUAUUUUGCUGGGAGUCUAAAAGAUGCUGCAAAGAGCCUUGGUGUUUGCCCUACCACAAUGAAGCGCAUCUGCAGGCAGCAUGGGAUAUCCCGUUGGCCAUCUAGAAAGAUCAACAAGGUUAACCGUUCCCUGUCGAAGCUCAAGCGUGUUAUUGAAUCUGUCCAAGGUGCUGAAGGAGCAUUUGGUUUGAAUUCUCUGAGCAAAAGUCCACUUCCCAUUGCUGUUGGUUCCUUUCCUGAGCCUUCUACUCCAAACAAGUUCAGCCUGCCAGCCUCAUUAAGUAUUAAUCCAUCAGAGCCUCAGAUGAAAGAGAAUGAAUUGAAUGCCUCCAAAGCAUUAGAAACAAACAGUCAGGCUGUAAUGGAAGAAGAUCGAUUGCUAGGAGGCAGGACACCACAUCUUGAGAAAGUAAUUAACGAUAAAGGUAGGCAUACUCGAGAGGUUGGGAAAGAACCAAAGAGGACUAGAACUGGGAGUGGCUCAAGUGAGGAUAGCACAAAUCCUACUUCUCAUGGUUCAUGCCAUGACAGUCCCCCAAAUGAAAGUUCACCGGUGAAGAAUAUAUUCAUUACUUCCAAUAAUGAUCAAUGUGCUGGGCUAAAGAGAUCACCAGAGUCAACAUUGCAGCUAACUACUAAUACGCCAAACCGGCCAGCUGCUUACCCUAUGCCCGACUUUGUGGCCGCAGAACUUCAAGAGCCAUUUGGUGGGAUGCUAAUAGAGGAUGCUGGUAGUUCUAAAGACUUAAGAAAUUUGUGUCCUUCAGUAGCUGAGACCAUAUUGGAGGAUAUGGUUCCAGAAGCUUGUGGGACUAAUAUUCCAGGUCCAGAUUUGUCUCCUAAGCAAAGCAUGGGUACUCCUAACAAAGCAGUGACACCUUUUGUAGCUAUGAAAGAAAUGAAGACAGUGACAAUCAAGGCAACAUACAGAGAAGAUAUCAUAAGAUUUCGGGUCUCGUUGACCUGUGGCAUUGUUGAACUGAAAGAAGAAGUUGCCAAAAGAUUGAAACUAGAGGUGGGUACAUUUGAAAUCAAGUACCUGGAUGAUGAUCACGAAUGGGUUUUGAUAGCCUGUGAUGCCGACCUACAGGAGUGCAUGGAUGUUUCAAGAUCAUCAGGAAGCAAAAUAAUCAGGGUUUUGGUGCAUGACAUAACUUCCAAUCUUGGAAGCUCAUGCGAGAGCUCGGGGGAGUGAGAACUGGCUGUAUAUAGGUUGAGUCUCUACUCUAAUUAUAUAGGUUCUUGUGGUGUUUAGGACAAUAGGGAAAGAAAAUAGGUUUGGUGAUCUGCUCAAAUUGUAAGAAACUUGAGAGUUUUAGAUCAGAUAAAAGGAGUUUGAAUCUUUGGUAUCACUCAACAAAAGUAAGUUCCUGACUCAUCAUGAGGAAAAGCGAGGAUUCUUUGGUGACACAUAAUGUGGUCAGCUUUUGAAAUAAAAUCGUGUUGGCAUUCAAAUUUAUAACUGUUCGGUUCAUAUCUUGGAUGAAGGGGAAAUUAUUUUUGUUGCAAAAACAUGUCAUUUCUCAAUGAACAAAUGCAGUGUCACAUGUGCUUUCAGUGAAGCCAUGGUUUGGCCUAAUGGCUAAGGACCUGUUUAGAUACAAGGUAUAAGUACUUUUGAGAGUUAAUCUACUGAAAAUAUAGUUUUUUUUUUCAGUAGAGAAGCUCUCAAGAGCUAUCAAAAAGACUUUUAACCUUGUAUCCAAACAGAUCCUAAAUAGCACCAAGCAGAGGGUCCCGAUUGUUAUGCCCCACGUCUUCUUUUUGUUUUCAUUAUCUUUUGUUGUUUUCUUCUUGUCAUGUUGUUGACUUGUUGUCUUCGUUCGGUGAAUGUGAAAAGAUUUUAGUUUUCUCAACACAAAAAAUUUGAGGGGAAACAUCUUAGUUCUG